AUGCCUCAAAACGAAUAUAUCGAACAACACAUCAAACAACAUGGUAGAAGGUUUGAUCAUGAGGAAAGGCAGAGAAAGAAGAAAGCCAGAGAGGGCCACCGUGUGGCUAAAGAUGCUCAGAACUUGAAGGGUUGGAGAGCUAAACAAUUUGCUAAGAAGAGGUAUAGUGAAAAGGUUUCAAUGAAGAAGAAGAUCAAGGCUCAUCAAGAAAGUAAAGUCAAGGGUCCAUCUACUCCCAAGGAGGAUGAAGGAGAGGCUUUGCCAACAUAUCUUUUGGAUCGCCAAACCAACAAUACAGCCAAAGCUUUAUCAUCUAGUAUAAAGCAAAAGAGAUUAGAAAAAGCUGACAAGUUUUCUGUUCCUUUACCAAAAGUUAGAGGUAUUUCUGAAGAAGAAAUGUUCAAAGUGAUCAAAACAGGAAAGAAAAAGAGCAAGAGUUGGAAGAGAAUGAUUACGAAACAUACCUUUGUCGGAGAAGGGUUUACUAGAAGACCAGUGAAAAUGGAAAGAAUUAUACGUCCUUCAGCAUUGAGACAAAAGAAGGCCAAUGUCACCCAUCCAGAAUUGGGAGUUACUGUAUUUUUACCGAUUUUGGGAGUAAAGAAAAACCCACAAUCACCCAUGUACACCCAACUUGGUGUGUUGACAAGGGGUACUAUCAUAGAGGUGAAUGUCUCCGAGUUGGGUUUGGUGACGGCUGGUGGUAAAGUUGUUUGGGGUAAAUACGCUCAAAUAACCAAUGAGCCAGACAGAGAUGGAUGUGUUAAUGCAGUGUUGUUGGUAUGA